GGAGUAUAAAUUCAAAAAUUCAAAAACAGAAAAAGGGAAGGACACGUAAGAAAUCGCGGUGGAAUAUGCUGGAAUUCCGGUACAUUUUCUGCAUGGCAUAAGGUGGAUUUUCCAGCCUCAGGUCUCCUCCUGCUCUUUGAAGGCGUUCAUCGCCACGAUUCCAUACAAAGCGAUCGAAUUUCGAUGUGUAUUUGCGAUUUUGGAAUAUCCUUUUGCUUGAAUUUGAAAACCCACAUUGGAAAAUUGUAUUGGAGAUUGAAUUGUUCUUGAAUUUUGAGGCUUUGAUUGGAUUUUUGAGAUUUUGUUAAUUGUUCACAGGCUGGUUUGUUCGAUUUUAGAGGUACCCAUCUCAGGUUCGAGCCUUUCUUUCCCUUCUCUGCACCCAAAUUGUGAGGUUUUCCUCUCGUAGAUUUGGAAGGGAAAGAAAGGCCAAGUUCUGAGGUGCCCAUUUUUCCUGUUUGUGUCAAGUUGUAUGUAUCUUGUAUUCAACAAUGAGCGCUGUUUCGGGGGUGAUUUCGCGCCAAGUUUUGCCUGCCUGUGGCAGCCUUUGCUUCUUCUGCCCAGCAUUGCGAGCCAGGUCUAGACAGCCGGUUAAGAGAUACAAGAAGCUCAUUGCUGACAUUUUCCCUCGUAACCAGGAAGAAGGACCAAAUGAUCGGAAGAUUGGAAAGUUGUGCGAAUAUGUUGCCAAGAAUCCUUUGCGAAUCCCAAAGAUCACAACUUAUCUAGAGCAAAGGUGCUACAAGGAAUUGAGGAACGAGAACUUUCGAUCUGCAAAAAUUGUCAUGUGCAUUUAUAACAAAUUGCUGAUUUCUUGUAAGGAGCAAAUGCCUCUUUUUGCGAGUAGCUUACUCAGCAUUAUGCAUACACUGUUGGAUCAAACACGGCAAGAUGAAAUGCAAAUUAUAUGUCAGACUCUUUUUAACUUUGUAAAUAAUCAGACGGAUGGAACUUAUAUGUUCAACUUAGAAGGCUUUAUUCCAAAAUUGUGUCAGAUAGCUCAAGAGCCGGGGGAAGAUGAAAGGGCAAGUAAUCUACGUUCAGCUGCACUCCAAGCCCUUGCUUCAAUGGUUUGGUUUAUGGGUGAGAACUCUCAUAUAUCAGUCGAGUUCGAUAACAUUGUUGUAGUUGUCUUGGAAAAUUAUGGUGGCUUAAAUAAAACUUCAGAGAACCUUGAAGGUUCUAAGAAUCGGUGGGUGCAGGAACUGCAAAGUAAUGAGGGUCAUGUUUCUUCUUCCCCAGAUGUCGUCAUCAGGCUUACAUCUUGGAGCACCCUAGUGGAUGACAAAGGCAAUCUAAAUGUGACAGUGGAAGAUGCCAAGAACCCCUGCUUUUGGUCCAGGGUUUGCCUGCACAACAUGGCCAAGCUAGCCAAGGAGGCCACAACAAUAAGGCGUGUCCUGGAAUCUUUGUUCCGUUACUUCGACACUGGGAACUUAUGGUCUCCCAAAUAUGGUCUUGCUAUCCCAGUCCUCAAGGAUAUACAAGUUUUAAUGGAUGAUUGUGGGCAAAGUACACAUGUUUUGCUUUCCAUCUUAAUCAAGCAUCUGGAUCACAAAAAUGUCCUCAAACAACCCAACAUGCAGGUCGACAUAGUGGAGGUCACCGCCUCUCUUUCUCAACUUGCCAAGGUUGAGCCCUCUGUGGCAAUAAUUGGUGCAGUAAGUGAUGCCAUGAGGCAUUUGAGGAAGAGCAUUCACUGCUCGCUUGAUGAUGCUAAUCUAGGAACAGAUGUAAUAAAAUGGAACAGAAGCUUUAGAGAAGCGGUGGAUAAGUGCCUUGUACAGUUAUCAUAUAAGGUUGGAGAACCAGGACCAAUCCUUGAUGCAAUGGCUGUUAUGUUGGAGAAUAUCUCAACCAUAACAGUUAUAGCCAGAACUACAAUUUCUGCUGUUUAUCGUACUGCUCAAAUUGUAGCUUCUUUGCCAAAUUUGUCCUAUCAAAACAAGGCUUUUCCUGAGGCAUUGAUUCAUCAACUACUCCCAGCUAUGGUCCAUCCUGACCAUGAAACACGUGUUGGAGCCCAUCGCAUCUUUUCCGUUGUUCUUGUUCCAUCUUCAGUUUGCCCUAGUCGCUCCUUACCUAAUGCUGAGUCAAAAAAGGCAUUGAAUUUUCCCAGGACACUCUCAAGAACUGUAUCUGUCUUUUCUUCUUCAGCUGCCCUAUUUGAGAAGCUAAAGAGAGAGAAAAUUUCUUCACGAGAUAGUAUCUGUGAAGAGGACAAUGAAAAUUCUGUUGCUGAUGGGGAACAAGGAGACACCAAUAGUGGGAUUCUGAGCAGAUUGAGGUCUUCUUAUAGUCGGACGUAUAGCAUGAAAAGUUCUCCUGCACCUUCAGCAAUAAAUGAAAAUUCCGUCAACAAUUCGAUUAAGGAACCUGAAGCUGAUUCCCUCAGAUUGAGCAACCACCAGAUAACUCUCUUGCUUUUAUCAAUUUGGGUGCAAUCCAUCUCUCCUGGGAACAUGCCUGAAAACUAUGAAGCAAUUGCUCACACACAUAGCCUCGUGGUACUUUUUUCUUGGGCCAAGAAUUCCAGAAUUGAGGUUCUUGUUCGAAGUUUUCAGCUAGCAUUUUCCUUGCGGAACAUAUCUCUUAAUGAAGGAGGUGAGCCCCGCAGUGUGCUGCCACCAUCGCGUCGCAGGUCCCUCUUUACCCUGGCAACUUCAAUGAUUCUCUUUCUAUCAAAAGCAUACAAUAUUGUUUCUCUUGUUCGUAGAGCCAAUGCAGUACUUGUGGAUAAAAUAGACAUGAAAGACGCGAAGAAAGUGAACCAUAUACCGGCAUCUUUUUAUGUUGAUCCAUUCCUGCGUUUGGUUGAAGAUCGCAAGUUACAGGCUGUUAAGACUGGACCGGACCAUCCCAGACAUCUUUAUGGAUCUGAAGAAGAUGAUCGUCUGGCAUUAAAAUCUCUGUCAGAGAUAAAUAUUACUGAAGAGCAAACUAAGGAAUUCUUUGCUUCUGAAGUUGUGAAGAGCUUGGAAAGAUUGUUAGAUGCCGAAUUGUCUACUAUAAGGGAGGAGCUACUCAGUGAAUUCUUACCUGAUGAUGUAUGUCCACUGGGAGCCCAGUUGUGUAUGGAUGCGCCGCAAAAGUUAUAUCAGGUUGAUUCCCGAGACAGUAAAUCUAUGAAGGAGGAUGCUCCAAUAUUUUCAUUGGAUGAUGAUUCCUUUCCAGGUUCAUUUGAUAGCCAAAAGAACAACUUAGAUUUUUCUGCAGAUUCUCCCAAUCUUCUGAGCGUCAAUCAAUUUAUUGAAUCUGUUCUGGAGACAGCACAUCAAGUUGGAAGACUGUCGGUCUCUAAUGCACCUGAUGUGCCAUACAAGGAAAUGGCCGGGCACUGUGAGGCACUCCUGAUAGGAAAGCAGCAGAAGAUGUCGAAUUUGAUGAGCUCCCAACAGAAGCAGGAGUAUUUGAUGAACCAGUCUUUACAAAAUCAUAACGAUGAUGCGAAAUGGAUAACAUCUGGUUUCCAUGCUGACUUCGGCUCAUAUAGGAGCGGAAAUCCAUUUGCUGAUGACACUGCCACUUCAUACAAUCCUCCCCCAACCGCAGGCCAUGCCUCAGUGAUGUGUGUAAACGAAUACCAGCAUCAUCCCCACUCUUUCAGACUACCGGCGUCGAGUCCAUAUGAUAACUUCCUAAAAGCUGCAGGUUGCUGAUUCUAUACAAGUGAUGAAAGAAAAUUAUUGGUUUCACUAGGGUGUUUGAUUUGGAACAUCUGCCAUUUUCUUACCAGAAGCUGUGAGGCAAACAUAACAAGCUAUUGAAAGGAUGUUUGUUAUGCAAGAUUGGCUCGAAUUGGACUAAUUUUACAGAUUGAGCUGGAUAUGCUUAUCUUGGACUUAAUCAUAUCCUAUAUUUGGUGUGCAUCAAGACUAAGGGGGUAGGAUAAUAUUUUAUAGUGCUAUUUUAUGUUUGGGGUAGAGAUGAAUUGGUGUGGAUGGAAAUGUAAAUUACUUUCGAAGUCGUGUCUUUAUAUAGUGUCAAGUUUGAGCUUGAAGGUGAUUCAUUA